AUGAGCACCCCAAGCAUAUCUGACGGCGUCAUCCUCUUCUGGAAAAACUUCGUCGAGGUUGCGGACAGUUCGCCUAACUUCUUGGCUAACGAAGAGUCGGUCGCUACUACCGGUCGACGUGAGCUAGUCUCCCGCUGCGUCAACAAGUAUCGGGGGGAGAACGUGAUGAUGGUCAAGACGACCUCUGACCUCGGGAGCGUGACGGAGGCGGAGUUCAAACCAUCCAUGGUUUUGAAGGUCGGGGAUUACCAGGACGGAACACGUUUGGGUGCUAUGGGAAAUGUGGACAGGCAGAUUGACGACAAGACUUCGGUCAAGUUUGUCAUUGCGGGGAAGGGAUUCGACGCGGUCAUAGAUGGUGGCGAUGCCAGCGAUUUCUACCAAGACCAAUUGUGCGGCUUGCACACCGUUCAGCGCAAAUUUGCUGGCAGCAAGGAUACCCUGGACGAUUGGAUUGCUGGUAACGAAUUUUUGGUUCGGCCCUUCGUUAAGGAUCGUGUGGGAAGCGCCACACCGUGCAGUGCUAUUGGUGGCAAAUAUGCCAACUAUCCUUGCCCUGCUGUCUCAACCCUUGUUUAUUUUGCGGACAAGGCUAAGGGUUUUAUCGCGGCAUCGACUCAAUCGGAGCCAGCCCUUGAGCGUUCUGCUCGGAAGCGUAAGAACCCUGACAUAGUGAAUACGGAUCGCGACGUUGCGCCGCCCGUUGAUGCUUCGUCUACGCCUACAGAAGUGCCGGCUGUUGCGCUCGGUGCCAAGUACCCGACAAAUGUGCUACCUGACCACGACUGUAACGCGUUGAUCAGACACAGUCCUGCCGUUCGCGUCAACCAGCUCGAUUGGCGUGGCUUAGAUAACGAAUUAAUCCCCAUGUGGGAUAUCAAGAACGUACUUCGCCCCGGUUCGGUUGUGAUGGUCCAGGUGGUUUUCAAGAUGUGGGAUAUCAAAGCUAACGAAACGAACAAAAAGGCAUCGAAGUCUUUUCAGAUUGUAAUCAACAAACUUAGGCUCAUGCACGAGUCUGAUGCUCCACCCGCUGAGGAUCCGGCUACCGUACCAGACGACACGUCGACGAAUAUCGCCGCCGCACACGAAGAGGUCGCCGACGAGUUCGACCUCAUCAUGAUCAACAACGGACACGCGUCGAGUUCCGCGUCCUCCUCUGAGCAGCAGGGGAACGCGAUGGCGAUGGACGAACUUCCCGCUGGAGUCGCGAUGGAGACGGACGGGGAUUCGAAGAGGCGCAAGAAGGGUAAGAAGUAG